AUGGAACAGGGGAUGGAUGCGUGGACUUUUGCGCAGCGCAUGCAGCCAAAAAGCUCAUUCAUUGCAGGUUGGAAGCAUAACAAAAGAGAAGGACUGCAAGUGCAAAUUCUGAGCUUCAAGUACGAGAGAAAAGGGUGGAAUGUGGACAAAUGUAGGAGGAAUAGACAUGGAGGGUGGGGCCGAGAGAGUAGGGGAAGUGAGGGAAAGUAUGAAAGUGGGCAUCGGAUUCCAAAAAUUGUCGCCAUGAAAGGAAAGGAAAGGGAAAAGGACCUGUCGUCGUUGUAUGGGCUUGGCCGCAUUUUGGGCGGGGGACCUUAG